AUGCGUCAAGCGCAGUCCAUAAGUAAAUACAUUAGUUGUUUUGUUGUUACUAUUGUUUUGGAUUCUAGUCUCCUACUGGACUUUGUUUACAGCGAUAAUCUCGUAUAACCACAUCAGUGAAUUUCACACAUACUAUAUGGCCAUAUGCGGUAAUUAUUCACCGAGCUACGGCGUCCUGUGGUAAGCUUGCCCGCCCUCAUGUAGUUCAAGUGAAGGAUAAGCGUGACGGCAUGCAGUUCAAGUGAACGGAGGUAAGAAAUUUCAGUUGCUUUUAGUGUCUUUAAUUAUAUUGUAUUUUAUCUUAAUUUUUGCUGAAGAAAGGUUUGAGGAAACGGAAACUUUGACGGCACAGAUUAGAAAAGUAUGAAAUUAGCCUUCUCGUCGAUAAAUAUUAGUCGACAAGCUUCGACAGUUCAGGGCUCGCAUCAAAAAGUCCCUCUCGGUAGUUAGUCACUUCAGUUUAUUAUUUCUUUCUGCUUAUAUAUAUCUUUAAAAAUGUGCACCGUUUUUUAAGUCCGGCCUCAUGAAGAUGAUUUUCUUUUGUAUGAAUGUAAAAAUUCUGUCUUAGUAUGGCUUGAGGACAAGCGAACAGCAAAUUCAACCGCUCGAAAUGAACGAAAAGAAAAGAAAACGUCUGUGUAGAGGCUACAAAUUAUAAGCUGCUACUGAUAUUGUCAUGUCAUGCAUCAAAAUAUCGAAAAACAGCGAGAGAUUUACGGGACUAAAAGAAGAAAAGAUCCAAACCUUGAAGAACAACGAAACUUUGAAAAACAACUUAUAAAUAACGGACUCCAUGCGGGAGAAUCUGUAGAAACGUGAAACUACAUCAAGUGGAUAGGAGUGCACGAAUCGGUCAAAUCGGUCAAGACUAAAAGAUUCAAACUGGUCCUAAACUAAGCUUUUGAUUACCAAGCGACUUUCAUUCGCAAUUGCAGACUUUUUCAACUGCAUUCUGAAAUAUUAGAAUAACAAGAGUGUUCGUCGACCGAAAUCUACCUGCAUAAUAUUAAAGCAUCGAUACAUGAUUAACGUAACCAAUAUUGUUUCAAUCAAUGAAAACUUUUAUAUCAAUAAACAGAUAAUACUACAGAAGCACUGCCCGCAGCUAGCAAAAAUAUUCAAGGCAGGACAGUGGAUGCGAAAUACGAAGGCUAACUAAGGAAAGUUUACACUUGAGAUUCCAACCGGGAGUCUCCCGAUGGAUUCACCGGCGAAAAAUGUAGGCGCAUGCUGUGCAAAAAAUGACACGUGAUCGAUUUCGCGUAAUGUCAUUGGCUCCGAGGCAAAAAUGCGAGCGAAAUGUUGUUGAGAUGAAAGAAGCGAUGAAUUCGAGAUCGUGCGGGAUACUUAAAAUCGUUUGCCCAGAGAUUUGUUUCGAUUUUCUAACAGAUUGGAGCCUAGUUAGGCCUUAGAAAGUCAAUUUGCGAAAUUCUAAGUGAUAGCACAUUGUAAAAAUUUGCAUUAUUUUAACCCUCUAAUUUUGAACGGUAGAAAUUGUCAAUAGGGCCUAUUAUUAACAAUACCUUUUGGCCACAAAAUUAUUACAGCUUUCACAAAUUAAUCGUCUUAUAAGAAAGAAAGGGUCAUAAAAACUAUUCGUGUUUUUCAAAGGCUGCCAAAUCGUUGUGGUUUGACGCACAAGUCAAUGGAAUUUCGUUUUCUCGAAUUUUUACAAAAGAACACGUUAUUUGGGAACACUAACUACAGCAUGUUUCAUUACUCAUUAAGGGUUAUCGAUGAGCCAAAAAUGAGCGAAAUCAAAUUUUGAACUUGUGCCGACCGUGGGUCGAUAUUUACGGAAAGCCGCUCUUCAAGUUUUACGAAAGUAAGAAAUUUUUUGACUUCCCUCUCCAUCGCAUUUUCGAAUCUGAAAGUUUCAAGUUUCCUUUGUCUACGAAAACAGGAAAUUUAUUAGAUAAACUUCUAGAAUUGUACACGAAUAGAAUUUUAGUCUUCCUCAAGCUAUAGAAAAUUUUGGGCCAUUUUUGCCUCUCCGAAGAGAUAUUUCACAAAAAAAAGUCGUUGGGUGCCUCUGUCUCUUCUGCGUGCGCCACACUCGGGUUCCCUGAGGAGUAGGACAAAGCGGCCUUGGCCGGGAUGGAACUAUUUUAUUUGAUGGCACAUUCUUUUUUGUUAAUUUGUACUUCCAUGUUAAUUGAAAACAACAACGUUCAAAGCCGAUAUUGCGUCUAUUUUGUCACCACACAGCAGGUGUAUUCCGAGAAAAAAAAACAAGAAGUCCAAAGACUACUGCAAAGCUUAUCAUAACAACGUGUAUUACUUUUUCAUAACAAUAUUUCCGGUUGGCCAUACCAUACUAUUUUAGCUGAUUAGAUCUCUUUUCUAGAGAUCCAACGUUCAUAACCAGCAGGAUCUUCGUCCAGGGUUUUUGUAGUUCAUUUGUAUUCCCAGCAGUAUGCAGGUCUAGUGUCAGAUGAGAAUCUGAGUUGGCAAUCAAUUUGAGUUUCUCUAUGUCCUUCACGACUCAUACAAUCACAAUUAAGGUGGCUCGAAACAGUUUUUUUGGGUCAAUACCUCCCAAGUUUGAACAUAAACUACGUCGCCAUAAGCAAAGAUUUGGAAAAAUUGCCACCACAGUUAUAUUAGAUAAAGAUGAAAAUUUGUUAUAAUCAGGGUUGCAAUGACAUCGGAGUUGUCAUAGCAACGACGAAAUGACGCUAUUACCUAUUUUACUUGCAGAAGUAUUUAUCGCCACUGGAAUUGUUCUCUCAAAAUCGUUCACGGGAGCUUUUUCCUCCAAUAGCGGUCUCGAUGUUUGUGAAGUUUAAGCGAAAUCGGUAAGAGCGUUAUCGAGAUAUUUUGGGAUGAAGUUUUUAUGGCUAGAAACACAAUAGAAAAUGGACAAUCUUGAUAUUUGGCCGUUAUCUGUAGAAAACGAAGCGCUUUUGACAUGCAAUUUCACCUCAUAGUAGUUUCGAUCUUUUUAAAAACGUGUGUGAAAGAUCAUGGAGAUAGCUCCAGCCGAUUGCUAGAAAGAGGGGUUUGAUUAGUAUGAAAAACUGUAAUGCUUCUGCAGUGCUUCUGGCUCGCGUAAAACGCCACCCUUUUCUAUUUUUGUUUGUAUUACGUAAUAGUUCGACUCACGUGAAGUAUGGUAUGAUCACGCAAUCAUGCCGAAGCACAAAGAUCUAAUUUGUCCUUAUACCUUAAAUAUCAUUUUACAGGUGCCGGAAGGCAUGAACAAGAUCAGAAAUCAACUGUACUCAGGGCUCCAACUAAUACGCUAAUUACUGAGAUCUUUACGAUCUUACUUAAUGCUGCACCAGGCCCGUCAACCAAGGAAUAUUCCAAUAAUCAGGUGGGUUUCUGAUUCGGGUUGGUUAAGUUAGUUGAUCAAUAAUUCGAGAAAUAUACACGGCAAUUUUCCGGCACUCUUUCACUGGAGGCCUGCUUAGAGGUAUCUCCUACUUUGCUUUAUGUUUUUAUGCUAAAUCGAUUUCGAUAGCCUAGGUUCCCAUCUUGACGCAAUAUGGGCUUGUCUCUCGUUAGUUGUGGGUUCCUUUUCUCGGCCAUGCAUUAAUUAUUGCAAAUUUUACAGCGAGGAAUAUCCAUUGCCCGCAGUUAGAGGAUUAGCUACAUAUAUACAAAUAGCUCACAAGUAAGACUAGAGACAAAGAGUUAGUAAAGUUAUUUUUCGACAUUUGACGCAUUUCACACGGUAAACUAUUGCAGAUUUUUACACCAUAUCUUGAAAAAAACUUAGUCUGUUUGUCUAACCUUGAGUGUUAAACGUAAUAGUCACCCGUAGUUACUAAAACAUGUAACGACCUAAAACCACCUAAAACCAUCUACAACCAUCUAAAACUACCUACAACCACCUCAAAAAAUUCAACAACCACCUACAACCAUCUACAACCACCUCAAAAACAUCUACAACCACUCGCAAACAAUCUAAAACCAUCUAAAACAAGGUAUAAAUGUCUGAAAUAAGGCGAGACGACAACAUGUCACGAACAUGAAAUACGAGAAUCGAACAAAACAUCCACUUCCCCCUAAAAUCUUACUCUCCCUGGUCCCUUGUAUCAUCAACCAUUGGCUUAAGUCACGAAAUGAAAUGCGAGAUCAUGCUAAGUAUAUUAAAAGACUUAAAGAACUUUACAAAAUGAACUGUCAAGUCACAAAAAAUAAUAAAAUAAAAUAACAAACUCGUAGUCGAAAGACGUGAGACGUUUUGGUUCACGUUUCAUUUGUUUACGCAAUGGCACAAGGUAGGGUUUCUCUCUCACUCUCGGAGUCUGCUUCACUGCUGUUUUGUUCUGAGGUGGCGGAUUACAUUCCUAAGAACAAGUUCAUUUUUUUAGCAUCUCAUUCGCCAAACAUGUUUGUACAUUCCAGGUGACUCCUUUAGAUGAGCCCUAGUGUCUUUCACACCCGAUUCCUGUGUCAUCACGCAAGGCUAAACUCCAUUGCGUCACGACACAGGAAACGGAGACUAGUAGGUGUAAUCAUUGUUGAAGAUGUUAUUUAAAAAAAUCUAUAAUGCAAUGGAUUCAGAAGAAAACAAGUUAAGAAGAGCCGAAAUUAAUAAAAAUGGGUUGAAAAAUUUUAAUAGUGAAUGAUUGUAUUUAAAGUAAUUUACCUGGAUUUUUAUAUACCUUUAUUAUGUUUUGGAACCCAACUUUCACCCGGCCCUCUUCUUGGGGGUGAUGGGAUAUGCGCGCUUCUUAUUUUCGCUUUGCUUGUUGUAAAUACGUCCCCACUAUACUAUCUGAGAGCCUGGCACAGGCUAGAGUAGCUGGAACUUUACGACCUAAAACGGAACGAAAAAUUUGGAUCACAUAUUCGGGUCUUCCCUCCCCACCAAGGGAUGUUACUGGUAAGAACGUUUUGAUUCAUUUUGCUGAAAAGAAUUAUCAAAUAUCAUUAUAUUAUGUUUUCUAACUCUUGCAACUGUAAACGGGUUAAUAGCUGUAUAAAAUCAGGCUCUACAAGUGAGACACGUUCACACUAGACUAAAGGAUCCUGCGGGACUACAUACAUUUGUGUGAAACUAUUUCAGACAUUUAUACCCUGUUUUAGAUGGUUUUAGAUUGUUUGCGAGUGGUUGUAGAUGUUUUUGAGGUGGUUGUAGAUGGUUGUAGGUGGUUGUUGAAUUUUUUGAGGUGGUUGUAGGUGGUUUUAGGUGGUUGUAGAUGGUUUUAGGUGGUUUUAGGUCGUUCCAUGUUUUAGUAACUACGAAUAGUCACCUCCUGAAGGUGAUCGUGCAUUAUAUGAAUGAAUAUUAGAUUGGUAAGCAAAUAAGUUGUUAAAUAUGUUAGUAGGUGUUUACCGUGUUAAGCUGUUAGAUAUAUCAUGCAUUGGAAUAGCAACAGAUUUAAGUAGAGUAGAUCUAAAAGAAGAAAGCCAUGGGAGACAAAAUAAGGUUAAAUAAGGUACUGCAUGAGAAUUGUAGUCAUCAAAGAACAUGAGGCGGAGGGCGCGUUUUUGAAGAGUAAGAAUUUUGUUUUUGUAAGUUUUAGCAGCUUGGCCCAAAGAGACUAUGCCAUACAGUAAGUAGUGCUGGAUAAGAGAUAUGUAUAUAUGGUGUAUGAAUAUUACAGUAUCCGUUUAUUACGUAUCCAGGGUUUGAGCUAGGAUUUGAUCACUGGGGGACAAUUUGUCCCCUUGGCUAAAAUUUUGGGGGACAUUUUCAUUUUUAGGGGGACAGAAAUUUGUACACCCUUCUGCUGAUGCAAAGGGAUUUGUCUUCUUAGCAGGGCUUCUGAUAGGUCUCGGAAGAAAAAGUCAAAUUUCGCGGGAUUUUUAGGGACAAAUUCGCGGAAAAAUCGGCCGAUUUCGCGGGAGUUUCGUGGCAAACUUCACCGAAAAGCAAUUGGUAAAAAACGGCCGAUUUUGUGGUUAUUUUCAAGGCAAAUUUCGCUAGAAAUCGAUCGGUUUUGCGCAAAUCAGACCAGCCUUUUUAACGUUUUUCUAACAGAGGUCAUUAUUUGCUCUUUCAACGCCAAUACGCUCCAGAAAUGAACCAAUGGCAAAGCCUUUAACAUCAUGGCUAGUGCCCAGUUUUUCGCAACAUAAUCUGUUUGCACGUUUCAGUGACGAAGUUCCAAGAUAAAUUUGCAAGUUUACGGCAAGUAAAUAGCCCCAUAGCUGAAAUAAGUUUCAAAUAUGUUGUACAGACAUGUAUUUGAUAAGAUUUCUACCGAAUUUCGCGGUAUUUUUCGUGUUUUUGUGAAUUUCGCGACUCCGCGACCGCGCGAAGAAUUAGAAGCCCUAUCUUAGAUUUCCGACAAAAAUAGCAGUAGAGCGUGACUGAAACGUAACUUUGGAAUGAACUUUAAAGGUGCGAUAAAAUAUACUUUCCACGAUCUGUUUCAGCUGGCAAUUUCUGUACUGAAAUAAAUCUCUUCGUGUGUGCUUCCUUUCGAGUUUUUUCCCUAAAUUUUGAAGGGGACAAAUUGUCCCCUUGGCCGUUUUUUAAAGGGACAAUUCCAAUUGCAGUGCGGGAUUGGCGCAAUGGCGCGGCCUGGCUCAAACCCUGCGUAUCCUGUUCAAAGGUGAACAGAAACUAAAGGAGCCGUCUGUAUUUGUCUGUUUGUUUCUUUUUGUUGUUGUUUUACCUUGCAAAAUAAAUCAAUCGCGGAGCAUUUGGUUCCGUCGUGUCAGUGUCAGGUCUGGAGUCUGAAACAGGCCGAGGAAGUCUGUUUGGAUCUCCAUGAUCACGGAAAUCACACCAGCUCCUCCCAUCAAUGUUCUAGUUCCAUUAUGUCGUUGUCUUACUCCGCGAAACUCGAGAUUGUUUUCUUCUUUUGUAAUUAUGUGGGAUGAAUAGUCAACUUUGUUAGUAUCCGACGCAAAUGAAAAUAAGGAUUUAAUUCAACAAAGUUUAGUCGCCGAGAAUAGCUACGAAUAUUCCAAAAUGAAAUCUUGUCCACUAUAAAAAUCCAGAAACGUCACAAAAUUCAAACCAACAAACACGUUAGCAAGGCAUUCGGAUCAGCAGAUAAACAGAUUGCAAAAGUUAUCUCCUUGUGAACUUGGCCUCAAUGAAACCGCGACCGCGAGUCUUAAAAUAUCAACUGAAGCAUUCGCUGCUUCAUGUCAAGCAGCAUCUGUCGAAAAGCAUGGAAGAAAAUUGACCGAAGAGUUACGAGAGUUUCCCCGGCUCCAGCGACCUUGAACUGCAACACAUGCCCGCUUAUAAACAAGCUAGUAAACGUAAACAACUUCUCACGCAAUAAUGCCGCAUGCCUGACUGAAUUACCAAGACAUGUGUGCAUGCUAGAGCGCUUUUCGAUUGAGUGUCGUAAAACCAAAACCAAAGUAAUCACAACGGCCAAUUAGAACAAACGAAAAUAUCAGAGGGAGCCAAUGAAAAAUCGAAGUAAACGCAUGUAACCGGCCUUAAGCGCGGGAAAACGCAAGUAACCAGGUUGCGAUUGGUUUUAGUUUUGUAUCUGAUUGGCUUAGAAGGUGGUGCGAGUUUUCUAGACCACUCACAGAGCACAGUAAAGCAAAACCAAUGCAAUUCCGGAUUACUUUCGACACUCAAUUGAAAAUUACUCUAAACGUUAAAAUAAUAAUAAUAAUAAUAAUAAUAAUAAUAAUAAUUAAUAAUAAUAAUAAAUGUUCUGUGGUUUGAUCCUCUGAACUGUGGGUCUAAGAAACGUAUGAAAUUUGUUGGUAGUCCGUCGCCAACGUGUGGCGUACCUCCGGCGUAAAUAAGCGUUAUAACGUCAGAAGUAAGGACUGAUUCGAAAGGGCCAACUGUUAAAGGACCAUCUGAAAAUCUUCAGUCUAUUUACAGACUGAUAAAUUGAUUUUGUUCAUUUAAUAAAAACCAUCAGGGACCGGUGGAACUAGCCAAGGAAAAAUGAAACGACCUUGCUCAUUAGGAACAACCAAAGCGUCCCGGCUUUACGUGUUGACAUGAGCCUAGUCUAUAUACAUGAAUUCGUAGGUUUUAGUUAUUUGUUUUAUCAGCCAGUGGAUGAAAAGAUCAAAACAAGGACUCCUCGGCGUUUUCCCGCUAAAGAAAACCUUAAUAUGGAGAGUGCAAUGUUGGAUUGGCCUAUCGCGUUGUAGUAUGACGUCAAAGCGAAGUAUCCUUUGAUUUCUAGGAAGCAUGAAGUUUUUUCAGCCGAGCGUUCGCUUAACCAACCAAAAGCCACGCGCGUUUGUAUCGGUUCGAUAAACCAGUCAAAUCAUUCUAUUUCCGUUCGUUUGUUUUCAAUCAUGUUGCCGACACAUCCGCGAACGUUUGAAAACAUAUUAUUUUAUACGGAUUGGCCCCUUUUAUUCUAAAAUUCUCCAUUGCUUCCUCUGAAAUUAAUGUUUAGCCAGUAAAGUUGUGUAGUCAAGCCUUUUAAAGUGAUGGUCAGCUUAGAACAACUGUAGUCUUCCUUACGGAUCUCAUUUGAUCCGUUUAACGCUUAGCUAAAACAAACUAUGCCUUCUUUCGUUUAACACCUGAUUUUUACUUUCCACUCAAGGUAUGAACCUCCUAAAUUCCAGCCGUCGCCUUUUUUAUGGUCUUGUUCUGGUGGCUAUAUUAUCGCUGCUCCUCUACGUGAUGAAGUUUCAAGGUAAGUAUCUUCAUUUGUCGGCGGAAAAACUUGCUAACAAACGACUAUGAAUUGAUUUAAUUGUAGCCUACGAUGUUUUUCGCCAAAAACGGCAAAUCUGCUAGCCUGAUCAUGAAUUUCAGUCGUGUUUUCAAGUCGCAAACCAGUUCUCCGUGGAGUUUGCUACUCGAGGUCUGCGACGAGGCUACAAAUCCGUAAAGGUCUUAAGAAAGCUGAAUUUUUUUUCCAAGUAAAGUUUUCCUUGGCGUCUUCAUGGUUACACUCUAAGUUGCUGGUAAAAGGCCAUGUCUGAAUCUUGUUUAUGUGCAGCCUUUACUCCUGAUAGUGCAGGAACUGCACAAAAAAGACCUCGUUUUGAUGCCAAUUAGAGGCUGUGGGGUACAUAAAGGGAGUAGGGAAGAAGCUAGGUCUUGUCUAGCAGUUUGAACUCUUCCCUUGAAACGGUUUAAAAAGAUUACUUCUUGUUAUUGUCCUGUCUUUCUAGAACACAACAUGCCAGCUUUGCCCCGUUUCUGCAAGCCAGUUUUGACAGAUCAGUGCGGUAGCGCAUGGCAGAUAAAGUACUGCAAUUUCCACAAAUCAGCGCUCAAGUCACUGAAAACAAGCAAUUUCCUCAGCUACUUUUGCUACGGCGCUGGUAGAGGGUGUGGAGGUUUAGGAAAUCGGAUACAGGGGCUGGUGUCCCUGUUCUACUUAGCUAUGCUAACAAAUAGAACAUUUCUGAUCCAUUGGGAUGGCCCGGGAAAGCUUGAAGAGUACCUAGAACCAAACCAGAUAGCCUGGACGUUCCCGCUUAGUAGUUUGGGUCAAUUUCGGAAAACUUACUGGGGUGUUUCAGGCCCUCAGUCUGGUUAUGAUACGAACAGAAUCGAAUCAGCAACUCAAUUCGCAAACUGGACAUCUUAUGUUGAUUUUGAUGCUUACUUGGGUCGUUUCGAUGCUAUUGGCACUAUCUUCUUUUUCGCUGAGUUUCUUUGGAAAAAUCCGUUUCUCAGAGAACGAGCUCGUCAACUCGGAAUUCCAUCUUCACCAUAUAAAAUGCUGGGAUGUGCUUUCCACUUUCUCUUCAAACAAACAAGGGUGAUGAAAACGUUUUUGGAAGAAGCAAGAAGAUCGCUUUCCAGGCAUCCACCUCUUCUUGGAAUUCAUAUCAGAACAAGUGAUCACCAUUUUGGGAGUAAAAAUGAAUUUUCUUACAGAUCUCACAACACAUCAAGCUUUUUUAUAUGUGCUUUACAACAGAGUGCUUUCAUUCUAGCAAACACUCAUCACUCAAAUUUCACAACUUUACAAUGGUUUCUCGCUGCAGACAACCAAGAAGUCAAAGACAUGGCGAGGAAGAAUUAUGCGAACGAAAUAAUAUCUCUGGGAUUCCGACCCAUGCAUACAGAAUUUUCCAGUUGGUCAACAGGUGCAAAAACAGUCGUGCGUGAUGUUUUAACUGACGUCUUUCUUCUCGCUGAGAGUAGUUACCUCCUCGUAACUUCAGAAAGUACUUUGAGUGAUUUAGCGGCGGCUGUGGGGUUACACACUAAAGAAAGCAUUGGAGAUGGAGAAAAAUGCCUGGUAAACAGAACUUCUUUGCUUAAAAUCAUUCAGGCUAUCAGUAAUUAGAAUGUUAUUACAAUUUCUACUUAGCCUUAUAUCAAAGGACCAAAAUACCAAAUAGGAUACCUUUGUUUACGACAAGAUUAGAUUAAAUAAGUUGAGGUUACUGAUGGAAGGUAGAUACGGUAAAAAAUAAGCUAAAUAAGAAGCUUGUCAACAGACGUGGUUUUCUUGCUUGUUUUCUUUUCUUUAGCUCAGUCGGUAGCGCUUGACUACAGACCGGGAGGUCGCAGGCUCGAUUCCCGGGGCCGGACCAAUACUUAGGGUCUUUAAAGUAGUAGUAGUAGUAGUAGUAUAUCUUUAUUGCGCCUUACUCUCCAAAGGGAGGCAUCGGUCUAGUUACAAUAAAGGUUUUUUCAACUACAACAAAUUUAAAAAGAAAGAAAAAUGAACGGAAACAACAAAAUUAUACAGCAUAUACCAGGGGCGGAUCUAGGGGGAGGGUGCAGGGGGUGCGCACCCCCCCACCCCCCCCUGAGAUGACCUGCGGUUUUCUAAUACAACUGGUAUUCUGCAAAAAAAAAAUACUAUCUGGUUUAUUUGUGUUGAAGUAGAGCAAGAGACGAGUGCA